AUGUCAGAUACACUUGCUGAGAUAGGCCAAAGACUUGAACGGUUGAAGAGCAACACUUUUGAGAAUUCUAUAUCAGCUAGUGCCCAGACUAGCAGUGUAGAAGAGGACAAUAGUUCUUCUAGCCCAACGAGUGUAGAUUCUUUCGAUAACUCUAAUUCUGACAGAGAAGAAGAGAUGGCUGGCAAUAACGAUGACAACCGAGCUUUGGAAGAUUAUGCUCAACCGGUUAUACCAAAUUCCCCUUCGUGCAUCUUGCUGCCUACUGAAGCUAGAAAUUAUGAUCUCAAAUCUUCACAUUUUCACAUGCUUCCUUCUUUUUAUGGUUUACCUAACGAAGAUCCAUUAGCCCAUAUUAAGGAAUUCUACAAUGUUGUGAGUGGUUUACCUUUGCAGGGAGUGACUGAAGCAAAUCUGAGGAUGAGGGUUUUUCCUUAUACAUUGAAAGAUAGAGCAAAGGGUUGGCUAAUGACUUUAGCACCUGGUUCGCUCACCACUUGGGAUGCCGUAGCUAAGAAAUUUUUGGAGAAGUUCUUCUCUACUCAAAAGACAGCUACUUUGAGAGGGCAAAUCUUUAACUUUAAACAAGAUGAUGGAGAACCUUUCAAUGAAUGUUGGGAGCGUUUCAAAGGGCUGUUGCUGCAAUGUCCACAUCAUGGGUUACCUCUUUACUUACAAAUGCAAAUUUUUUAUGAUGGACUAACCCAAACAUGUCAAUCGACUGUUGAUAAUGCAGCAGGUGGAGCUUUGAAGAAAAAAAAUGCUCAAGAGUCAUAUAACAUUUAUGAGAUGUUGGGAUCUAAUGCUCAACACAAAGAUACAAGAGGUAAACGAGUUGGAGUGUAUGAAAUGAGUUCUAAUAAUGAUCUUGCCUUGCAGGUGGCUAGUUUGGAAAAGAAGCUCGAUUCUAUGCUCAAUAUGGUGCCUAAGAUAGCUGAGGUGUGUGCCAUUUGCAACAUACCAGGUCAUCCUACUUAUCAAUGCUCGGCUAGUGAGGCUUAUCCCGAAUUCGUUCAAGAGCAAGUGAAUCUCAUGAAUUCUUACAAUCAGAGGCCGAGGAAUGACCCGUUCUCUAAUACAUAUAACCCUGGUUGGAGAGAUCAUCCCAAUCUCUCAUGGAAGAAUAACAAUCAAUUUCAAAAUUUCCAACCAAAGCCUGCCACUACGCUUGAAGAUACGGUCAAAAUGCUAGCUCAAAACACCGUUCAAUUCCAGCAAACUACCAAUAGUACUCUCCAACAACAUUCAGCUGCUCUAACCAAAAUGGAGACACAAUUAGGUCAGAUUGCUGAUGCUUUGAGUCAAAGAGAACCCGAAAAAUUUCCAAGCCAACCGGUGAUACUUCAAAGGAACCAAGAGCAAGCCAAAGCGGUCAUAACACUUAGAAGUGGUAAGGUUAUUAAUAAUGGAGUUGGCAAUGAAGUUACUAAUGAAUCUGAUCAUGUGAAUGCAGGCCCCACUCAAGAAGAGAAUGAGAAACCGAAUGACGAUCCAAGCAAUGCCACUUCUUCGUUUGAAGCUCCAAAUUUUCACAAGGCUGAAAAACCUUACUCUCCACCCAUCCCAUUUCCUGGAAGACUUGCCAAAAGCAAGCAGGAUAAGUCAUUUAAAGAAAUUUUUGAUAUUUUAAGUAAAGUGAAUGUUAAUUUACCUUUGCUUGAUGUCAUUAGGAAUAUGCCAGCGUAUGGGAAAUUUUUCAAGGAGCUAAACACUUAUAAGAGGAAGUAUGGACCUAAUGAGAAGGUGAUGGUGUCUGAAAAUGUGAGUGUUGUGCUUCAAAGAAAGCUCCCACCAAAACUCAAGGAUCCGGGCAGUUUUUCUAUCAAUAUCACCAUUGGAGACAAGCUAGUUGAAAAGGCUAUGCUUGACUUGGGGGCUAGCAUCAAUUUAAUGCCCUAUUCAGUGUAUCUUCAAUUAGGUUUGGGGGGUUUGAAGGCAACAACUAUUUCAUUGCAACUUGCUGAUCGAUCAGUGAAAUAUCCAAGAGGUAUAGUGGAAGAUAUCUUAGUUCAAGUUGACAAACUAAUUUUGCCUGCUGAUUUUGUAGUGUUGGACAUGGAAGAGGCUCCUCUACAUGAUCGUGAGUUACCUAUUUUGCUUGGGAGACCCUUUAUGGCCACGGCAAAGACGAUCAUAGAUGUGCAAAAUGGUCUCCUCACCAUGACUGUGCUAGGAGAAACUGUACAAUUCAAAGUGUUUGAAUCUCUUUCUCACCCUUCUAGUUCAAUUGAUUGUUGUUCGAUUGAUGUGCUUGAUUCACUUGUUUUCUCUAAGUUUUUGCUGGCACAAUCCAAUGAUCCAUUACAAUAUGUUUUGAGUCAAUCUCAAAAUGACUUUGAUGAAGAAGUGCUCAUGGAGAUGGUGGCUGCCUUGGAAGCAUUAAAACCAUAUCCCUCCACCUUUUCGCCUCUUAUAGAGCCAUUAGAACCAUCUGCCACACAUCUGAUCCCUUCUAUUGUUAAACCUCCAAAACUUGACCUUAAACCACUUCCAUCACAUCUAAAAUAUGCUUACCUAGCUGAGUUUGAAACUCUCCCAGUUAUAAUAGCAUCUGACCUCACCCCUUUGGAAGAAGAUAAGCUAAUUAGGGUGCUAAAAGAGUUCAAAUCAGCCAUUGGUUGGUCUAUUGCAGAUAUCAAGGGAAUAAGCCCUACCAUGUGUAUGCAUCGAAUUUUAUUGGAGGAGGGAGCAAAACCAACUCGUGAACCACAAAGAAGGCUCAAUCCACACAUGAAGGAAGUAGUGAGAGCUGAAGUGCUGAAGUUGCUAGAUGUGGGUAUCAUAUACCCGAUUUCUGAUAGCAAAUGGGUCAGCGUUGUUCACGUAGUGCCUAAGAGGAUUGGAAUCACAGUGGUAAAAAAUGAGCAUAAAGAGCUUGUUCAAACGAGACCUGCAGCUAGUUGGCGUGGUAUUGAAGUUGACAAAGCAAAAAUUGACAUCAUCUCAAAUAUGGCAGCCCCUGCUUCAGUGAAGGGAGUGAGAAGCUUUCUAGGACAUGCUGGUUUUUAUCGUCGUUUCAUUAAGGAUUUUUCCAAGAUCACUCAUCCAUUGUGCAAUCUUUUGGCCAAAGAUGUUGUAUUUCACUUUGAUAAAGAUUGUAUGAAUGCAUUUAAUACCUUGAAACGUGAACUAACCUCUGCUCCUAUCAUUAUGGCACCAGAUUGGUCUUUGCCUUUUGAGCUAAUGUGUGAUGCCUCUGACUAUGCUAUUGGUGCUGUUUUAGGUCAAAGAGUAAAUAAGCUGCCACACGUAAUCUACUAUGCAAGUCGGACGUUAAACGAUGCUCAACUCAAUUACUCUACAACUGAGAAGGAGUUGCUUGCUGUUGUUUUUGCUUUAGAGAAAUUUCGUUCAUAUCUUGUUGGCUCUAAAGUUAUUGUUUACUCUGAUCAUGCAGCUCUUAGGUUUUUGUUGACCAAGAAAGAUGCUAAACCACGUUUGAUCAGAUGGAUACUCUUGUUACAAGAGUUUGACCUAGAAAUUCGAGACAAGAAAGGGAGUGAAAAUGUUGUUGCUGAUCACUUGUCGCGCCUUGUUGAUGAAAACCAUGGAGAUGGACAAAUUUUGCCUCUCAACGAAUCAUUCCCGGAUGAACAACUCUUUGUCAUUCAAGAUAAAGAGCCAUGGUAUGCUGAUUUUGUCAAUUAUCUUGCUUCUGGUGUAAUUAGAGAUGAUUUGACUUUUCAGGAGAGAAAGAAGUUCUUUUCAAUGGUGAAACACUACAUGUGGGAUGAGCCCUAUUUGUUCAAGUAUUGCCCUGAUCAAAUCAUUCAAAGAUGUGUUCCAGAGAGUGAGCAGCAAAGCAUACUAACAUUCAGUCAUGCAUUGGCAUGCGGAGGUCAUUUCAGUGCUAAAAAGACAGCUUUAAAGGUUUUACAAUCUGGUUUCUUUUGGCCUACAUUGUUUAAAGAUGCUUUUGAUUUUUGCUCUAAGUGUGAUAGGUGUCAGAAAAUGGGGAGCAUCAGUCGCAGGAAUGAAAUGCCAUUAAACAACAUUUUAGUGGUAGAGCUGUUUGAUGUGUGGGGAAUUGACUUCAUGGGACCAUUCCCAUCUUCUUUUGGAUACAUAUACAUACUAGUGGCAGUAGAUUAUGUAUCAAAAUGGGUUGAGGCAACAGCUACACGAACUAAUGAUCACAAAGUUGUUUUGAAUUUUCUCAAAGAUAUGAUUUUCACUAGGUUUGGAACUCCGAGAGCUAUCAUUAGCGAUGGUGGCAGUCACUUCUGCAACAAACCUUUCGAGGCAUUGAUGAAGAAGUACAACAUCACACAUAAAGUGGCAACUCCAUACCAUCCUCAAACCUCUGGACAAGUGGAAAUCAGCAAUAGAGAAAUAAAGAACAUCUUGAUGAAAACCGUCAGCCCUACAAGGAAGGAUUGGUCACUAAGGUUGAAUGAUGCACUUUGGGCGUAUCGAACAGCGUACAAGACCCCAAUUGGAAUGAGCCCUUAUCGACUGGUGUUUGGAAAGGCAUGUCAUCUGCCAAUGGAGCUCGAGCACCGUGCAUAUUGGGCCAUAAAGAAGUUCAAUUUUGAUCUCAAAGAAGCUGGUACAGUGAGGAAGCUCCAACUCAAUGAGUUGGAAGAGCUCAGAAAUGAAUCAUAUGAGAAUGCAAGGAUCUACAAAGAACGAACCAAGCUCUACCAUGACAAAGCAAUUCUUAGGAAGGAGUUUCAACCAGGUAUGAAAGUACUUUUGUAUGACUCACGUUUGCAACUGUUUCCAGGUAAAUUGAAGUCUAGAUGGGUUGGACCAUUCAAAGUGCUUCAAGUAUUUCCCCAUGGAGCUAUGGAGAUAGAAAACAUCAAGAAUGGCACCCGUUUUAAGGUCAAUGGACAGCGUUUGAAGCCUUAUUUGGAGAAUGUUUCACAGGAGCAGGUUUAUGUUGUUAUAGAUUCUCUCGAGUUUAUGGCAACUUAG